GGAAGCUUGUCCCUAUAACUCUCCUAGGUAUUUCUCUUGACCAUCCGAUCGUCCGUUGAGUGCGGUCAUACUGCUCUAUCACCUGGAGCCCGAGGAGUCCGACAAGCCAAUGGGAGCGAUGAUGUUGCAGUGCUGCGGGUGAGAGGACUCCACUUCCCGAAUGGCCGUUCUAUCGCUGCCGCAUGGCGAACCUGACCUACUACAACGAAUAGCGGCUUGAUUGCAUUACCCGGAACCGCACCCAUGCUCCCAGACAAGCAUUGAGCAGAGCUUGACUCGUUACCCCGCAGAUGCGAAGGUCGGCAGUGCCUAACGGUGGACCUGGGCAGUUCGACGGCGAUACUGAAGAAGCACAUGGAGUCCUUCAUCUGCAGCCACCUUCGACUCUGUUCAUCGACACUCUCAUAGUCUGCAGUUCCGCUUAUUCAGUCAAUCAUGUUCACCUUCAACGAAUUCACGAUACGCUCCCUGUUCCUCAUUUCAACUGUAGUGCUUGCUUCAUGUUACUUUCUGCUCGUCUGUACACGUCGCGUUUUCUUUAGCUCUUUACGGCAUAUACCUGGUCCUUUCGCCGCCCGCCUGUCCAAUCUGUCGCUGGCGAUUGAAGGAGUCAAAGGUCGCCGAGUGUAUGUACGUCAGCUUUGUGGUACCGAAACCUUCUCCGAGAUGCUGAUCAUACUUGACACCAAGGCGCUUGAUGAGUUGCACAACAAGUACGGCGAUGUUGUACGUGUAGGGCCCAACGAGGUGUCCAUCGCCAACUGGCGACACCUUCGAGCAAUCUAUGCCAGCCCGAAAACAGUGGAGAAAGAUCCUGCUUUCUACGCGAAUGCUUCGUUCGUUGGCAAAAACAAUAUCUUCCAAAUGGUCAACCCUACUGAGCAUGCAGCGCGCCGCAAACUAAGCAGCCCUCCCUAUGCUUUGCAGUCCGUAAGCAAGUUGGAUCCCUUGAUCCAGCAGAAGGCAGACGAUCUUGCUCAUCGCCUGGUCACCGAGGCUAGUGCAUCAACAACAAACACUGCCGACGCUUACAAGCUAUGUGGCCUCUUCAGCUUUGAAACGAUCUGCAAGGCGGCUUUCGCCAAAGAUUUCGAGGGCUCCGGUGGUGCCGAGAGCUCUCUUAAGCUCUUGCGUGCAAUGGACGGCAGUGCCCCCACACUUAUCCUCGAUGUCGUGUUCCCGUUUCUCCGCCCUACUGGCCUCGGCGUCAGGUUGCCAGGAGUCAUCGGCGACGCAUAUCGAAGUCUUCGAUACUGGGAACAGCAGUCCAGGAAUAUGGUGGAUCACUUCCUUGAGAAGUCAUCCUCUGAUGAGAAAUAUCUGCUCUCACCAAUUGCCACCGGCAUUGAUGGUUACCUGGGACGGCGUUUGACCCACGAAGAGCUGGUCGAAGAAGCCAUGGGUUAUAUGUUUGCUGGCAGCGGGACUACAUCGUCAACCAUGACGUAUCUACUGUACGCGCUAUCGCUGUCGGAGAAUGAGCAUGUGCAGCAGCGGCUGUACAACGAAAUCAACGCUGUGCCAUCAGGCGACAUCAGUGCUCUCCGUCAACACCCUUAUCUGAACGCCGUCAUCAAGGAGACACUUCGCCGGUUCCCUACGAUCGUAUCAACCUUGCCACGAGUCCUUCUAGAGCCUUUACAAGUAGACGAGUACCUCCUGCCCAAGGGCACCGUGGUCGGGAUGCAGAAUUGGAUCCACCACCGUAAUCCUGACGUGUUCCCGGACCCUGACCGAUUCAACCCCGAGCGCUGGCUCCACAGCACUGAAGCGAUGGAGGCUUCUCUUACACCUUUCGGUAUCGGGCGACGAAACUGCAUCGGUCAGAAUUUGGCGUGGGAGGAGCUCUAUUUAGCUGUCAGCGCGGUCAUGCGUGCUGGGCUCAAGCUCAGACUUGGCCCGGAGAUGGCGCACUGGGAGAUGGAGAUGGAGGAUCGGUUCAAUAUUGCACCGAGAGGCCGUCGGCUCAUGCUUGAGGUUACUAGGAGAUGAGGGUGUUGGGGGGGGGGGGCUUCACUGCCGCGUAUCAUCUACCGUUUGGCCGUACGGCAAUAAAAAGCUCGAUUCCAAGUGGUUUCGAGAUACCUGAGUCAACACUCGGUGUACCACUCUGAC